GUCCAUGGGCAAGUCAUUUAACAUAACCUGACACACAAAUCAUCGCUGGUAUAACAGGAAUAGUGUUGUGUUGCCUGGUGCCACUUUGUUUAUUUCUUAUUUAGAUUAAGAAUAUUAUUUCGACAUCAACCCGGUCAUACAGCAGUGAUGAAGGUGACUGCCUACUUUGAGUUGUUGGCCGGGCUGCAAUUUUCCUGGUCGGAAACCAUGGUAGUGGAUUGUGGCAGCCGGGAACCUCUUCACUACAGACUCCAGGGGGCUUCCCCAAGAUGACGUGUAGUUGCCGGGCACCAGAACCAAUUUCUCUCAGCUGUUCGGCACGGGGAAUCUGACCAGCAGACUUGUCCAUUGGCACCAGUUGGCACACAGGUUGAUGGCACUUGCGUAGGUAGUCGUGGGGAGAAGUGAAGUCUGUAUGGAUCUGGUCGAUGGCAAAAUAAUUUACUGUUACACUGUUCUUAACUUUCACUAAGUAACUCUGAAACAAUUGCCGCUGGACAAACGACACAAAAACCUUCAAAAUCUUCAAAGCGAAAUCGCUAUAAUAAAGAAAAAGUUACAAUUAAGUUCCUAAGGCGCUUUGGGAUCAGUCUUGAAAAUGUUUUUCAUAACAGUACAUCAUUCAAACUUACAUAAUAGAAAUGAUUACUUGACUAAUAGGAAAUAAAUUAUUUCAAUUACUAACUGAGUGGGGAUUACACAACAAAAUUUGAUUAGUAUUACAAAAACAGGAUUCUUAAAUGAUCACUAAGCAUAGUUGUAGAGAUCUAAUUAUACAUGUUAUACUCACUAGAUGGCAGUAUGGUUACACGAUAGACACAAGCUUAAUUCCUGAGUUCAUGUCUGACUCAUUUUACGUCGUACAAAAGUAAAAGUUAAACAACAUUUUUCCAUUAUUAUGAAUUGAGUUACUGAUAGAUUAAACAUUGAAUUCACAUUGCAUUCAGGCUUGGGCUGAAGGGGAAGAAUAUAGAGAAAUGUUAUUUUCUGGACGCCACUUUUGGUGAUCUGGUGGCUAUGACUGUCUUCAGGCUAUGGGUCAGAAUGAGGUGAAGAAAGAAAGGGGGGUUGUUGGAGUUUGCUUGUGUGUGUGUGUGAGAGUAUGUGUGAUUUAGACAGAGAGGGGGAAGAGCAAAGGAUUCACGCUUGGGUCAUAAUUACAGUUCUUUUAAUGUUCCCUUAUUUGGAGAAGCAAAGAGUCCUUAUCAAUCAAAGUUCUUGUUCCCCUGACUGAACUAUGUCCCACGGACUGUGACUUUGUCAGUGUGCCCAGGAUGUCCGGUAAAGGAGGAGGCUGCAACGCCAGUGGCCAAAAAGUCGAAUAGAACGUGUUUCUAUUGUUGCUGUGGUGGAAGGAAUGCAACAUAAUGCAACAGUGGAUAUAAAUUGUAUUUUUGGAUCUCAUAUAGCAGUACAACCCGAGCAAUUAUCUCUGGUCUUUGCAUUUCACUGAGGACGUCUUUGCCUACCGGACUCGGCACCCGCCAGCCGGCUGACUGGCCAGGAUUAUCGGCUACUGAAGGACAGUAAAGUUCCACCUUUAUUGGGCCGAGUGUCGAUUCAGGACUCCAAACUAGGCCACAGCUUGUGAAAAACAGAUCCUCCACCAACAGCAUCUGUGAGAACACUGCUAUCCAUGGAAAAGAACAUGUGAGAGACAAAGGAUCCACAGUACUCACAGUAUGACAGACCAUCAGAGGAGGACGUUUGUGCGAGUGUUGUGCUUCAGUCAAGCGACAGCCUUAAGACAACACAGCGGCCAGCAGCAUCCGGUAUCCACAGGAAGACAUGUCAGGUGGACCACUCUCACUUUCUGCCCUGAGAGCUCCAGCACUAGCUGACAAAAAGCACCAUGUCUGCUGGAUUGAGGCUGGUGAUCUUGCUGCUGUUGAUGCUGCUGUGUUGUUGGCAACUGACCACUGCCAAAGAAGGAAAAUCCACAAAGAAGGGAAAGAAAGGCAAGCAAGUCGUCUGUCCAUCCCAGUUGUCCCCAGAAGAUAUGGCCCAGGUUCCGGCUAACUCCACCUCAAACAUCUUGAACCGUCUUAUGGUCAGUUAUGACCCAAGAAUAAGGCCUAACUUUCAAGGUAUCCCAGUUGAGUCCAGGGUGAACAUCUUCAUUAAUAGCUUUGGGUCCAUCCAGGAGACCACUAUGGACUACAGAGUAAAUAUAUUUCUUCGUCAGAGAUGGAAUGACCCUCGUCUACGACUUCCUACUGACUUUAAGAGUGAGGCACUAACUGUUGACCCCAACAUGUUCCAGUGUUUGUGGAAACCAGACCUUUUCUUUGCCAAUGAGAAAAACGCAAACUUCCAUGAUGUCACACAGGAUAACAUUCUGCUCUUCAUCUUCAGGAAUGGAGAUGUCUUAAUCAGUAUGAGACUGUCGGUGACGUUGUCUUGUCCCUUGGAUCUUACGCUCUUCCCAAUGGACACACAGCUGUGUAAGAUGCAGCUCGAGAGCUUUGGCUAUACCACCAGUGAUCUCGUGUUCAUGUGGCAGUCUGACCCAGUUCAGAUGGAUGAGAUUGCUCUCCCUCAGUUCGACAUCAAACAAGAGGACAUAAAAUAUGGAAACUGCACAAAGUACUACCAAGGAACAGGAUACUACACCUGCGUUGAAGUGAUUUUUACAUUGCGUCGGCAGGUUGGUUUCUACUUGAUGGGAGUUUAUGCGCCAACUCUCUUGAUUGUCGUUUUAUCCUGGUUAUCAUUCUGGAUCAACCCUGAUGCCUCAGCUGCAAGGGUGCCACUGGGUAUUUUAUCAGUACUCUCUCUGUCCAGUGAGAGUAUGCUGUUGGCGUCAGAGCUACCAAAGGUUUCCUACGUAAAGGCCAUUGAUAUCUGGCUCAUUGCCUGUCUACUUUUUGGGUUUUCAUCACUGGUGGAAUACGCUGUGGUGCAGGUGAUACUGAACAGUCCCAAACUUAUUGAGGAGGAGAAGGCCAAAAUGGCCACGAAGGAAAAAGCUUUGAAAGAGAAAGAAGGAAAGAAGCCUUCAAAUAAAAACAACACAGUGAAUGGGACUGGUGGAACACCCAUACAUGUCAACACUCUGCAGGUGGUAGAAACUCGCUGUAAGAAAGUUUGCACCUCCAAGUCAGACCUUCGCUCCAAUGACUUCAGCAUCGUGGGAUCUUUACCUCGAGACUUUGAACUUUCCAACUUUGACUGUUAUGGUAAACCAGUUGAAGUGACAGGGGCCCUCAAGUCCCAGAACAAAACUAACAAGAAACCCCCACCACCCAAACCUGUCAUACCCGCUGCUGCCAAACGCAUUGACCUCUAUGCAAGAGCCCUCUUCCCCUUUUCCUUCCUCUUCUUCAAUGUCGUCUACUGGUCUGUCUAUCUGUGAGAGGGAGAGGAGGAGAGUAGUGGUUUGUAUCCUGUAGUUUGUAACCAUACUGAUACUGAAACUAUAUUGAAGAAGACAGAUUACAUAGCAAAUUCAUAUAUUGAUAUAUCACUAUAUACUGGUAAAAUCAAGAUUUCUAACAUUUCAGGGGCAUGUUUGCAGAGCUGCAGAGGCUGCUGUGGACCCUGGGAGUAACUGUAAAUCACCACUACUACAAAACCUUGGGGCUGUUGGCUGAGUCCCCUUUAAGCCCAGGCAUUAAGUAGGCACUGCAUGUGUGUCUCUGUCUGAUACAGGACAUUGUGCUUAAUGUAAACUAAACCUUGCUGUGGUCACACCAAUACCACUACGCUGUGCAUUAGAAAAAAAUUAUUUUUACUGGGGGUAAGAUUACUGGUAACACUUUAUGUUAAAGGUGUAGAACUGCAAAAUGGCUAACACUAACGAAAGCCGCGUUUCCACCCAAAGUACCCGGAACUUUUAUUCCCAGGAGCUACUUUUUAAGGAACUAAAAGGUUCCAUCAGCCUGUUGUUGUCUGUGUUUCCACCGCGGUCUGAAGACCCACUAGGCAAAUUACACCCAUUAAGUUACACCCAUCACACAGCUGUUGUUUUAAUUUACUAAACACAACACCUGCAAUUCAGCAUAAGGACCUCGGCUUAUUUUAACCUAUGCACUCUCACCUGUUUUAAAAACUGAGCCUUACCGGUGUAUAAUGGGGAAAUUGAGAGCCACUGCUUCCUCAGAGCGUUGUAAAUAAUCAGAAAAUAGAAAUGUGUAAGGGACCUUUUGGGGUGUAAAGUAAUGUCCCCGGAACUUCAUUUAGACCCUGGUCUAGAGUUUCUCUAAAGGUUCCUAGUCCCUGGGGAAAGUUCCUGCGGUGGAAACGCAGCUUAAAUAAACCUUAGAAAAUAAAUAUAAGAAUAUAUACAGAAUCAAUGAAUACAUAUAUUGCAAAAUAAUUCAAUAAAUGAUUACAAAAAUAUAACUUCUAUGUUAUUUCAUCAUUCUUAUUUUCACAGUAACUGUUUAAUUGGAGUUCAUUAUUAUUUUCAUUAACAGUUCUCAUUUUGAAAGAUUAUUGGUGCCACCAUGACAAAAUAAUUGCUUAGGGUCCUUUUGAACAAGAUACUUUUAUGUUAUAACAAGAUAUUUCUCAUGUUAUAAUGACAUUUUCAUGUUAUUAUGAAUGUAAAUAUGUGCUUUUAAUCAUAUAACAGGAUUAAGGAAUAUAGUUUGUUAUAACAAAAAAUGUUUCUGGUUAAAACUGAAAAAUGUGGUAUGUUGUAAUAAUGAGAAAAAUAACAUGAUAACAUGAAAAAUUUAAUGUGGAAAGGAUAAUAAAAUAUAAAAUGUAUGCAGUGGUGGUAGCAAUACGCAGUUGAAUGAAAUACAAUAUUUCAAUAUUUUAUUUUUACUUUUACAUUUUCCCAGUAACACCUUUAUUUCAUAAUAUGUUAUUUUAUGACAAUGUUGUCAAAACCCUUUUAACCCUUGCCCUUUACCCUGCUACUGAAUUUAGCUAGCUAGCUCUUCUUAAAUAACAACGAUUUCAUAAUUACUCUGCCGUAGCCACAUAGCUGCUGUAAAUGCGAGUUUACAGCAGUAACUGGCAUUAAAUGCUCUGGUUUUGAUGCUAAGUGAAAAAGGAUUGGAAAAAGCCAAGCUAUAGUAAUAGUUAUGGUGUUAUCUGGCUUUCAUAUCCUCUCCUAGCUGCUUCAGAGCAUGAACUAACUUAACCAGUGUAGAAGGUUGAUCACAUUUGCAGUGAAUCUUGCUUUGUUACUGUGUGGUCACUCAUUUCACUCACUUUUUAAUGAGGAACUGCUAAAAUGCACAGAGCAGGACACAAGCUCAAUGCACCUCCAUUUUAACUAUCCCCGCACUCAUGUGCUGACACUCGUAAAUAUCACCAUGCCAGAUGAUAAUGUAUGAAUAUACAUAUUGCUUAGAAGACUGCUUUCUUGACAGUUCACAAUCAGCAGAUGGAAUUAAUAGUAGUUUAACUUCUGAAUUCAUGCUAAAAUCAUGUAUCCCGUAUGACCAUAUCCUGUGGUUGGUCUGCUUUGCUUUCACACCACAAAUUAACCACAGUCUGCUUAAAAGUGGACAAGGAUUUGCAUCUUCAGGUGGUCACAGUCCAGUUGUUUGGUCCACACCAGAGUUUGUUUGGUAGCUUUUACACCAGCCUAAAUGAAGCAAACCCAAUGGGUUUUUAGCCUGACCAUUUAACUUCACACAUAAACAAAAUAUGAUAACAUACUUACCAUCUUAGUAAUUGAUAUGAUGGAAUUUCUCUGGCUCUUGCACCAAUUAAUCGAUGUUCUUGGAUUAACACAUGCAUUAGAUGCUAUUCACUAGUGAUAAUUCAUAAAGUUUUACAUACUUUGUUAAUGUUCCUUAUGCACAGAUUCAUGCUAAUCCAUACCUCUUACCAUAAAGUGUUACAGAGCUUAGUCAGCUCAGUCAAUAACUAUUAAAUGCUAUGGCCUCAUCAGAACAUUCCAACAUAUAGAGAUCAUUAGGUCUCUAAAUGCUGGAAUGCUAGCUAAUUGCUAGAGCAUUUCUAGCACCAGUUAAGCUUGGUAGCCAGCUGCUACACUGUGUAUGCUAUGCCCUUUCUUGAAAUAUAUUGCUAUGUGAUGAAAAGAGAAACUUUAGACAGGCAAACCCAGCACCACUAAGUACUUGAAAUAAAUUAUUUUCAGGAAAGUUCAAUAAAAGUUUCUUUUCCUUUAGGAA